AUGAAUAUUUUACAACUUAACGAAUUAACAGAUGAGAUGAUGAAUUUAAGUUUUAAUAAUUUUUAUAAUUUUAUUGAAAUUGCAUUAAAUAAAGAUUUAUGUGAACUUUUUCAAGUUCAGGCAAUUCGAGAAAUGUCAUCGUUAUCAUCUGUAACAAUAGAUCAAUUGACACAAGUACUCACUUUCGAAAUCGAUGAGUUAAAAGGUUUAAAAAAAUCACUUGGUUUCACGACAAGUGAUGGAAAUUUUCAUCUUCGACUCGGUCAUCGAAAAUUAUUAGAACAUUUAUUAUCUUUAGUACAAGCAAAAAAAACUUUGUCUGUGAAGAAUCGUGAAUUAUCAAAUAAUUUUAUAGAAAAUGAUACAGAUAGAAAGUUAAUCGAGUUGUUAAAACAUCAGACAUCUAAUUUAUCCGAUGGACAUAAUGUUUCUAUUCUAAUUCCAUGGAUUAUAAAUAUUUUUCAAAAUUUAAAAACAACAAAAAAUAAAUAUAGUUAUGACAUACAUAUUCAACAAUUUGCAUUAUUAAUAUAUAUUCUUGGAGGUAGAAAUUGUUAUGAAUUUCUUCGUUUAAAUCUAUCCGGAUCAUUACCUCACAUUUCAAAUGUAGAAUCAUUGAUAAGAAAUCAAGACAUGAGAAUGACUGAAAGCAAAUUUCGAUUCCAAUUAAUAAAAGAACAUUUAAACUUUAAUAAAUGUAAUUAUGUAUUUAUAGCCGAAGAUGCUACUAGUUCAAUAUGUCGUAUAGAUUACGAUGCAACAUCGAAUUCAUUUAUUGGUUUUUCUUCACCUUUAGUUGAUGGAGUACCACAGUCGAAUUUUUUUCAGACAGAAAAUUUCGAGCAAUUAGAAUUAUGGUUUAAAGAAAUAGAUAAAGCGAAGUUUAUUAAUCUUUAUAUGUUAAAAUCUUUAGUAUUAUCUGAUCCACCAUUUAUUUUGGCAGCUUAUGGAUCUAAUAAUAAAGCAAAAGCAAUUGAAAUCUUAAAAAGGUGGUUAUUUAUUUACCACCGAUGUUUAAUCCAAGAUAUACAUGUUAUCGGUUUUAGUACUGAUGCUGAUUCACGUUUUCUCAGGGCAAUGAGGUUAUGUUCUCGUUUUUUUGCAACAUUACCACAUUUUAAUAUACUUAAAUAUAAAGAUAUAUUUCAUAUAAAAAUACCAAAACAAUGGUCUUGGUUUUUCAUGGAAGAACAACAAAUUCUUUUUUUUAUGCAAGAUGGUAUUCAUAUUGCUACAAAAUUUAGAAAUAGAUUGCUUUCUGAAACAGCACAUAUGAAAAUAGGAUCUUAUUCAAUUGAUAUUCAGGAUGUAUUUGAUUUAAUUGAAUUAGAAAGUAAAAUAGAGCACAAUUUAAUUAAAUGUGACGUCGAUCCCAAAGAUCGUCAGAAUUUUGCAUCAUGCUUAAGAAUAUCUUCUAAAGAUGUGUUAAAUUUACUAGAGAAAAAUAAAAAGGCUACAGGAACAUAUGUAUACUUAUCUUUACUACGGUCAAUAAUUGCUGGAUUUAUUGAAAGAUCAACAACAAUCGAAGAACGAUUAUUUCACAUAUGGACUGUCGUUUUUACGUGUAGAUUUUGGUUUUCAUGGAUACAAUAUUUAGAAUUAGAAAAUGAUAAUAAUAAUUCAGAAACUCUAUCAGAUUUGAAAAAAAAUACUUUUAUCACCAAGCCAACUUUUUGGUGCAUUGAAAUAAAUGCUCAUACAUUACUUUUUAUAAUACUUUUAGUUAUCAAAAACAAAUUACCUGUUGAUGCACUUAAUACAUUUGCUUUCAAUUCACAGAUAUGUGAAAAUACUUUCAGGAUCGCUAGGUCAUUGUCAGGUUCAUUUUCUUCAAAUACAAAUUUUAGUGUAAAAUCAUUUUUAAAGAGAUGCGAAAAAAUAUCGAUUAUCAACUCAAUUAAAAAUCGUGGUGGACAAAUAGGAGAUUAUCAGUUUUAUUUUCCACAACAUCAUAAAAAUCAUAAAGAAACAUAUAAUUAUUCAAUAGAUCAUAUUAAUGUAUUGAAUUUAACAGAGAUUGAUAUUGAAAUUAUUAUCAAAAAUGCAUUUGAAGAAGCUAAAAAGUAUGUUUCAAUGGUUAAUAUGACUGAAUUUUUGAAAACAAAAAAUAUCUAUACUUUAUCAAGUUUAAGUACAUUUACAAGAACAAUUUUAAAUAGAUCAUCAUCAAAAAUUAUUGAUGAUACAAUUGAUAAUAAUAGUUCGGAUGAAGAUUCUGAUGAAGAGGAUUUAUAUAGUGCGAAUAGUAUUUCAGAUGUAUUGAAUAAUGAAGAUCAAUUCUCACCAAAUAAUACUGAUGAUGAAGAGGAAGAGGAAGAAAAUGUAAUAGCAAUUGAUGUUCCUCAUACAGCACAAAAAAAAUUCAAUGGUUGUCGUAUAUACGACAAAAUCAAUCCACAACAAUCAAAGAAAUAUUUUCGUAUACGUAUUGGUUCAUCAUAUAAAUUUAUACACAAGCAAACAGCUUGCUGGUUGCUUACAACAGAUAAACAACUACUAUCAAAUGAUCGUUUAAUUCGCGUUCGGAAAUAA